AUGCCCACCCCAACCAACUCAACAACGUCUAAAAUCCGCCAUCAUCAACUGUCAGCUCUCCAUUGGGCAAUGGGUUGUGGUGGCUCACCUCUCUGCGUGCUUUUUCUGCUGAACGCAGCUCCUUCUUUUGAUCUUCAGUCAGCUCCAAGUUCAACUCCCAGUCAGCGGUCAGCUCUAAGUUCACCUCCUGCUGGUCAGGCCACAAAAUUCUUCACUGAAUGGCCAAUCCACAAACAAUUUUUCCCUGACAUCGAGAAUGAGAAUGAUCUAACUGAUGAACAAAAGGAGGUGAUUAAGGAGCCACUGAAACAGCGAAAAUUUCAAAUCAUGUGCUGGUAUCGCUGGCAAACAAAUCCAACAUGUCUUGUGCAUUCGGGCGGAUCCAGGGGGGUCCUCAGCAUCAAAGAAGUACUUGCAGGAGGCAAGAAAACGAAGGGCCCACGGGCACUGAAGGAAGUGGAGGUUUACUCCCAAAUGUACUAUGCGGACAAUGUCAAGCAGUCAGCUGACGAGGCGAUUGCAAAGGGAAACAUCACCUCUCAUGGUUCCAAGCUCCUUGUACAUCAUGAGAUCACAGCGGAGAAAUAUGAGGCAGAGUCAAGCACUGUAAAAGACAAAGUUAGGAAGAAGCACAAAUUGUUGUGCAAGAAGUUUAGGAAAGCUCGCAAGAUUGCGAGAGCCAAGAUAAGGGAAGAGGUAGAUGAUGAGACAAAGAUGAGGGCAAUCCACAAGCUUCCAGGUGUGUUAGAUCGCAUAUUCCGACACCUAAGCCACAUGACAGGAGGAUGGAAAUUCUCGGUCCUCAUGGGUGGCCGUGAUACUGAAGCUGGAGGCACUAUGCAAUUCUUUGAGUUUACCACCUUGGAGAAUGCACUACAGGAGGGCAAUUCUUAG